AGUUCAACUUCUGGUCACACUGUUUGUUCCCUAUGCCACUGUGUGGUGUAGUAUAAAAAAAAAAUUGUGUUCUUAAAAAAAUGAUUGAAAUAAACAAAACUGCAAUCGGGAUUGCAGCAGGACUCGCGGGGACACUGUUUAUAGGAUAUUGCAUUUAUUUUGACAAAAAGCGUCGAAAUGAUCCCGACUACAAGAAGAAAGUUCGCGAGCGUCGUCGCCGCAAUCGUAAGACCGGAUCAGCCAAGCAAGGAAUGCCAAAUUUGAAUGACCAUGAAGCCAUUGAAAGAUAUUUCCUUCAGGAAAUUCAGCUGGGCGAAACCUUGAUUGCCCGUGGUGACUUCGAAACUGGCGUUGAACAUUUGGCGAAUGCAAUUGUCGUCUGUGGCCAGCCCGCUCGUCUACUUCAAGUACUACAAUCCUCUCUGCCGGCUCAAGUAUUUGCCAUGUUGAUUAUCAAAAUGCAAGAGUUCGGAAAUCGUGCUGCCGAAUCCAGUGAUGGUGGUCUUGCCGGUUCUGGAUCACGCUCCAAUCAAAUUGAUAAUUCCGCAAACAUUUUAGAAACUUCAGGACAUGCAGUUAUUGAUGACUUGGAAUAAUAUUUUGAAAAAUUAAUAGAAGAGCCUGGCAUAUAUAUUUCAACACAACAAACAGAUAAGGGCUUUAUUAUAAUUUAAUAAACUGCAUUACAAAUGUAUUGUACAAAUAUUGAUUUCUCAACGUUACCGAUAUACAAUAAUAAGCAUUCAUAGUUA